GAGUGUUUAACAAGAACAAGUGUUAUAGAGGUGUAAUAUUUAACGUGACACACAAAACACCAGAUGACACAAGAUGUUGGAAGGACAUACGGUAUCAAGGUCUUAACGAAUCAAAACCUUUACCGGACAACGUAAUGCGUGAAUACCUUAGAGGAAGAGGAUGUGGGCUUGAAUAUGGACAGGCAGUUGAUAUAAAUUCAGCAGUAUCACAUUUUGUGUUGGGUCUAGUCCCUUAUAAUAAUUACACUAUUGAUGUCACAUCUGUCAACAGCAAGGGGCUGGGUACUAGCCAAAGCAAAAGCAUCGAAACUCACCAGGACA